GUCGUCGACUCUCGUGUCCCGACCAGCUUUUCGUCUCUUCGACUUCCCCAAGUGUAGUCGAGCAACAACACAAGUACCAGCCAACGUUUCAAAUAAGCGCCAACUGACCAAGCAGCAAGGGCUUCAGGCAAGCUUCCGAACGCACGACAUCUAGACACGCAUCCUGCCAUCUCAAGUACAGUGACUCACGAAUCUACCAACUCAUAAGCCAAGAUGAUGCUCUCCCGCCGCGCCCUCUCCUUCCAGGGGCCCACGUUCUCCCUCCGUCGCGCCGCCGCCGUCCGCGCGCUUUCGUCUCGCGCAAGCGCUAUCCUUAGCGAGCUCGACAUCCCCACCACCGCCACCGAAGUGCCCGGCGUGUACGAUGGCGCAUGGAAGGGUUCCGGAGAGAUACUCGAGAGUAAGUGCCCUACUACGGGCGAGGUGCUUGCGCACGUCCAGUCGGCAACGCCACAGGAGGUCCAGCAGACCCUCGAGAAGUCCAGGGAGGCGCACAAGACCAUCCGGACCAUGCCCGCUCCUAAGCGUGGCGAGGUCCUUCGCCAGGUCCGCGAGGCACUUGCUGCCAAGCGCGAUGUUCUCGGCGCCCUCGUUUCGCUCGAGAUGGGUAAAAUUAAGACGGAAGGUGUCGGCGAGGUCCAGGAAUUUGUAGAUAUCUGCGACUAUGGGGUCGGCCUCUCCCGCAUGAUGAAUGGCCGCGUUGUCGCCUCCGAACGUCCCGGACACACCAUCUACGAAUUACCUAACCCGCUCGGUGUUGUCGGCGUUCUCACUGCGUUUAAUUUCCCCGUCGCUGUAUAUGGCUGGAACUUUUCCCUCUCCUUCGCCGCAGGAAACGCGACCGUCUGGAAGCCGUCUCCGAGUACUCCACUCUGCGGUAUUGCCGUCACGCGUAUUAUCGCUGGCGUGCUCGAACGCAAUGGCAUCCCUGGUGCCGCCUCGUCGCUCCUCGCUGGUGGCAAGGACGUUGGUCUGGGCAUUGUGAACAGCGAAGACGUCCCGCUCGUGUCAUUCACGGGCAGCGAAGCCGUCGGUCGCGAGGUCGGCAAGGCGGUUCAAGGGCGCUUCGGGAAGACCAUUCUCGAGCUCGGCGGUAACAAUGCGUCCAUUGUCAUGUCCGACGCGGACCUGUCAAUGGCGCUGCCCGCGAUUUAUUUUGGUGCUGUCGGCACUGCUGGUCAGCGCUGUACGACAACGCGCCGGCUGUAUGUCCACCGUGACAUUGCGCCGCGCGUGCUCGAAGAGCUCACUCGCUUGUACGGCACGGUCCGCGUCGGUGACCCGCUUGACGGUCGUACUUUGCUCGGACCUCUGCACACCGCCCAGGCGGUGAGCACUUACGGUGCUGCGGUUGACCGUCUGCGCAGCUCAGGCGCUGAGAUCCUUACUGGCGGUGAGCGCUACAAUGACGGCGCACUCUCCGGUGGCCACUUCGUUAAGCCCACCAUCGCUGUGCCCAAAAAUCCUCAGCCGUCGUCGGCGAGUGAGAUCUGGCGCACGGAGACGUUCGCGCCUAUCUUGAACGUCGCCGUGUUCGACGAGCUCGAGCAGGCGAUCGAAUGGAACAACUCUGUCCCCCAAGGCCUGUCCUCCAGCCUGUGGACCCGCGACAUCCGUAAUGUGGGUCGCUGGUUGGGUCCCGAAGGCUCGGACACCGGAAUUGUAAACGUUAACGUUGGUACAAGCGGGGCGGAGAUUGGAGCCGCGUUUGGGGGCAACAAGAGCACUGGAUGGGGCCGCGAAUCUGGUGGCGACGCCUGGAAGCAGUACGUGCGCUGGAGCGCGUGCACUGUUAAUUUCUCGGACGCAGCGCCGCUGGCCCAGGGCGUGGACUUCUCCGGAUGAAAGAUGGAGCAGACUUUCCGUAUAAGACUAGGCCUAGAAAUACAGUAGGACUAGGAAUAGCAAUGAGGAUACGACAUAGGGUGGGUAGAGAUCACAAUGCUCGCGUGGAGGCGAUCGAAGGGCCCGGUGUCUAUUUUUGCUCGGACUGUGCAGUGACUCUGCUUUGGAUUUAUAUAGCCAUUGGUUGCAGGGAUGGAUGGGACCAGAGGACACGCGGGGGGCAAUAAGCUGGUGUUGUGGCACCGGUGGACGAGGUGAAUAACAGCGGAGGAACGAUAACGACAUACGCAUCAGGACAUGGGAUCAGGCAAAAGGAUGAUAUAUGACCGUGAGAGCGCCCGGGCUGUCAGCGUCCUUCUGCAUCAGCGAGGAGACCGAGACGAGCGCGAGCGAGCGUCGAGCGGGCAGUGGAUAGGAUGAGCAUGAUUUCAGAUAUGGGUUUCUCCGCGCCUGGCCUGUUGCCGUCCGCGUUGACCGUAAGUAAGCGGCGGGCGGGGGAGGAAAGGGUGCUGACGCGAGCACGGUGACGAGGAUGAUGGGGUGGUGCGGUGGCAGUUCUUGGAGGAUAUCUUGGAUCGCCGAUCGAACAUGACCAGAUUAAUCUUGACUUUUGGUGGGUGGUGGGAGGAGACGUGGACGCGUUGUCGAGCUCGAGGCGAAAUGACAUGACAUAUGCAUACCCGAAUCCCGUAUCCAGCUGCCCCUGCCCUAUCACAAUAUUAACCUCCAACCAACUGGACCCGCGCUCUCCCCUUCCCUCUCCCUCUCAUCCCGUGAACCACCUUCCUCUCCCUCUUCCGCAUAUACGCACAUAUAUAAGACUCCGUUGAUUAUCUUACCACACCUUUAACUCCACCCCAGCACCCAAGUCCACUCGACCCUG